AUCGCUGAACUGUUUGUAAAGCGGUCUAUGGUUGGCUAAGAAGAAUUCCGGAAGGGUUUUUGAAAAUCCAGCGGUGCACAGCUGCCUGAAAUGGCUGCUUUCGGGAGACCAAGCGGACGCUUUAAGAAGCGCAGGAAAAAACAUGGUAGCAGUCGAAGUUUGGCCGUGAAGGUCAUAAAGUCCAAACAGUCAUUAACCUCAGCACCUGACGUUACAAAAAAUCCAGUUGACAGAACGAUGGUGGAACUGGUUGUCGAAUCCUGUAAUAAGAACACUGAGAAACUAUCCUCCUUUCCAAGAAGUGCAAGGUUGUUCAAUGCAGUCAGAACAUUUAUGCGGCAGUGUCAGAUCAGGAUCAGUCAGAUCUUGCCUGGAUUUUGGAAUGUUUUAUUUUUCUGGAGCGUUUAUGACAAAAAAGUGGAAAUUCUUUAUCAGAAGGUAGAGGAGCUUCAGAAGGAAUUACAGCUAUUGCGUAAUAAUGCUGUGUUACCUCCUGAACCAAGAUGUUCUGGCUGCCAUGGUACAACCUUUAUGCACCACCAUCAACAUAGCUCUGUUGCUCUUCAUCCCCUUCCACCACCUCCACCACCACCACCUCCUCCUCCUCCUCCUCCUCCUCCACAUAUUCAAGUGCAAAAGAGACUGCCUUUAGUACCUAAACAUAGGACGAGUAAUUCAUCAUUGCAGGAGAAAGUUGAUCGACAUGUUGCAGUGACUCUUAAGGACCUGCAGGCAGUGCAGCUCAGAAAAGUGACUGCUAAUAACAAAGUCCGGAUUUCUCCCAAUGGAAAACAAGCACCACUUGUCACGCUAGCAGACCUGCAGAAAGUUCGUUUAAGACGUGUUCAGUGCAGCAUCCCAUCACCAAAGAGGCGUAGCUCUGGCAGAUCACCAAGCAAAAGCAGAAGCCCUAUGAAACUACACUUACAACUUAGAAAAAUCCACAUUGACCGCUCUCCAAGUGAUACGCCACUGAGUAAUAAGGAAAAUGUUGGGAAAUGGGCAAGGUUUUGAUAAACAGCAGCUAGGGUGCGUUUAUUGUGAAAUCAUAACCACUGAAUGGCAAAUGCUGAAACCAGGACAUCCUGAAAUAAUUUUUUAAUGAUUUACUUUGUAUUGUGAUCUCACCGAGUAUUGCAGAAUCCCAUCAGAAAAGCAUAGAAAAGCCAGUUCUUUUAGUUUUAAUUAUAAACUGAAGGAAUUUAGGUUAAAGCAAUGAUCAAUAAAAAUUUAACUUUUUAUUUUUUUAUAUUUACAUAUUCAUGUCAACAAGUAACAGCUGACAACAACAUUUUCCAAUGUGCUUGAAUUACUUGAAAAAUAGAUCAGUUCAAACAGAAGGUAUCAUUCAAUAAAUUUAGACAUAAAUAUCAGGAAAUGAAAACUGCAAUUAUCUAAAUACUGUAAAUGAAAUGGUCUAUCAAUUAAUUUUCAUCUUUGAUUUCAAACACAAAUGUCUUCAGUGUAUUGCAAAAACAAAAGAAUUGUCCUUGCCAUUUUAAUACAAUCAGAAGUGCCUGGAUGGUAUAAAUGAGCUACUGAGACGUUUACUGUACUAUUAUAUUAUCCAGUAAUGCAAAUAUUAAUGAGGAUCUUUUGGUUAUUGCAUUAAGUUCAGUUGAUACAACUGAUAUAUUGGAACUACACAGGGAAUAUAGAAUAUGUUAAAAUAUGGUUUACUGUUAGGAAGCAAACUGAUGUUGGCACAAUGUCCAUUUUGGGUGUUGAUGCUGGAACACAUUGCUACAUAAACAUUCUGCAAAGGAACACUUUUAACAAAAUCCAUAUAAAAGGCUUAAUACUAGCAAGGUGGUUUUAAAGAGUUUUGUUCCUGGUGGCCCAAUGGAUAAAAUCAGGUAAAUGGUACCAUUCUAAAUAACUAUCGGCGAAAACAAACAACAGGCUACGCUUAGCCAAAAACUUAGUUACUGCUACUAACUUAAUCUCAUAUACUGUUUCACUGAAAAUAAGACUGUAAUAAUGUGGAAAAUCUUAAAUAUUUAUUGAUCAAUUUAGACAGAAAAGGCAGCUGGAAAAUAACUUGCCAGCAGACAAAAAUGGCCCACAAGUUUGACCAGCUAGUCCUGUGUUCUGGAAGCUGAUACAUGUUCUGACAAAGCUGGAUGUCUCCAGCCGACAUCUUAUUGUUACCAUGGUUACAUUGCAGUGUUUAUAAGUCAAAUGAUCUGACAAGAGCUGCUGACGCUGGACCCAAGAGAAGCAACACUGAAUAAGAUACCCCACUAGUGGACAAAUCGUAAAGAAAGAGCAUGAUUUGCACAGCCAAGCAAUGAUAUUUGGUUAUAAAUAUGCCACCACUUUUGUGCCUAAGUAUGAUUUUAUUAUGUGUAUACAAUCUGUAAUUCAUGAAUUAAAGAGAUUCUUACAUAA